AGGAGCGAUGGCGGGGAGCGUGGGAUACCGGGGCGGAUAGAGAGCGACUGGGUGUCUCGUGUAGGAGAGGACCUCGUGGCCUUCAACAUGGAAGACGAAGAGGAAGGGGGUCAAUGGAAAGAGAGCGCCAAGGAUCCGGAGGUGUGGUACAACAAGGUCGAGGACGGGGCGGCAUGGUUCAUGAGGAACUGGCACAGGCAGGAAGCGGAAGCGUUCGCGAAGCGCCAGCGCGCGAGGGAAGCAGAAAGAAGCAGAGAGUACGGCCUCAGGACCGAAGAGAAAGAGAGCCGGGGAAGCGGCGGUGGGGGGGAAGAAACGGCGACCGGGCACUGCUGUAGAAGCGAGUAGGGCGGCCGAGGCAGCACUUGUGGCGAACUAUGUACCCGGCUGAUGUUGUUGCGCCCUGUUCCCCUCCCUGCUGUAUGCUAUACUCCUUUAUGUAUGUCCUUUGUAUUGCCUUCGGCCUCUGUGCUGUGUUCCUGUGUUUCUUUUUUUAUUACCUCCCUGCCUACUCUGCUGUGUUGGGUACCGUGAUCUCGCUUUGCUGUUGCCUUUGUUUUUGUACGUCUGGCUGUCUGCCCAUUUGCCGCCUCUUUGUCCUGUUUGCUCCGUUACUCCCAUGCCCUGGUGCGUAGGGCCUGGUGCUGGCACGUUACCCUUUGAUUUUUUCUUUGGGCGGAUGUGGAAAGCGUCCUCCUUUAUUUUCGUUUUUGUUUUAUUUUGAUCGGUUUCCGAGGGCUCUUUUCUCGAACGGUCGGUGCGAUACCUGUUCUUUUCUUU